AUGAGCGACUGCAUGUGGUUGCGCGCGACGGAGUCCCCGACGAAGGCCAUGGACUUGCCGCGGACGAGGCGGAGGAAGGCCGCGGCGUCGAAGCGGGGGAGGUCGCAGCCGUGGGGUUGCCACCGCCACCGGAGGAUGGACUCGAUACCGGGCUUGCCGUACUUCAUGCAGUCCUGCCGAGCGUCGAUCAGCGGGCACGUCGCGUUGGUGUAG